GAAAAAUUAUUGUGGUUUUAACCUUACUUUAUUUAUUUAUGUUAAAAUGAAAAUUUUAGAAUUAUAUAGUGGUAUCGGUGGCAUGCACUUCAGCUUUAAAGAGAGUGGACUGGAGGGUGAAGUUAUCGCCUCGGUCGACAUAAACCAAACUGCCAAUUUAGUAUACGGUCACAACUUUAAAGAUACCUUGCUACUAAACCGAAACAUUCAAAGUUUAACUUUCGAGUACAUUAACAGUUUGGAAGUCGAUACAAUCUUGAUGUCACCGCCCUGUCAACCGUUCACCCGGAAUGGCUUGCAACGCGACGUCAACGAUGCACGUACUAUCUCGUUUAUGCAUAUUAUCAAUAUUUUACAAGAACUAAAUAUAAGAAAUAUACUGAUGGAGAAUGUCAAAGGUUUCGAAAGUUCCGAUAUGAGAGAUCUUUUUAUUGGCAAAUUAAAGGAGUGUAACUUUCAGUAUCAAGAAUUCCUUUUAAGCCCUACGCAGUUUGGCAUUCCGAACACAAGGUGCCGGUAUUAUUGCCUCGCCAAAAAACAGCCCGCUAAAUUGUGCUUCGAAUGCGGACCUUUGAUGACGCAUCAUCCCACAAAGACCGCCGAGACGCCUUAUGUAUUAUCGGAAAUUGUGGACAAUGGUAAUGUCGAGAGGUAUUUGUUAUCGGAUACCGAUUUAUUAAAACGUGCCAUAGCUUUAGACAUUUGUUUUAAGACUUGCACGCGAAGUUGUUGUUUUACCAAGUCAUACGGACGGUAUGUAACAGGUACAGGUAGUGUGUAUACAGAUAAAACUAAGCAGGAAUUGGAUUACGUUUAUAGAAGCUUAGAUUCUCUUAAAGGUGAUCGUGAAGGGUAUUUGAGUUGUAUUAGGCAAUUACGAUUAAGAUUUUUUACACCUAAAGAAGUAUGUAGAUUAAUGAGUUUUCCAGACACGUUCGAAUUUCCUUCGACCGUUACUGAUAAACAAAAGUAUAUGUUGCUUGGUAAUAGCAUUAAUGUGCGUGUUGUUAGUGAAUUAAUAAAACUUUUAAAUGAUCCGUCGUAAUGUAUGCACUAAUUUAUU